AUGACUGCCCCACCGUUGCCGCACGCCGAGCGCAAGUUCUUCCAGGACUCGUCGUUCCUGUACGGGCAGGCCACUGCCGCCGGGACAGUCGAGGAGUACAUCGACUGCGUCGUCCGGGUCUACGUCCAUCACUUUGACAGCAGGAUCGAGCGCUUCUUUUUCAAGGGGCGGACGAUGGAGGAGCGGUAUGCCGCCGAACGAGGGUGGAUCUCCCGGGAACUGACCCGGUGCUCUGUCGAGCGCUACCCCUUCAUCCCCAGCACCCCUUGGCAGCGCGUUCUCGCGUGGCCUGUGGGUGGACAGCGUUGGGAACGUUUCAUGCAACCCUUCCGCGAACAGUUCGAGCACAUGGUGCAUUUGAUGGAGCAGCAGCGCAUCACCCCUGGCGCCCCCCCCUUGGGACCUGUCGCCGCCGCUCGCCGUGUCCGCCUCAUGUUGGCUGCCCGCGCCACUCAGGAACGCGACGCCGCUGAACGGAAGGCCAAGGAGAAGGCGGCCACCGAGGAGAAGCUGGCCAAGGUCCACGUCCACGUCAUCAGUGACAACGAGGAGGCCACCACCGUCAAGAACAAGCGAACCAAGGUCCCCACCGGCGCCGUCAGCGACAACAAGGAAACUGGACAGAAGAAGUCCACCACCGCCAAGUACAAGCGCACCGAUGUCCCCACCCGCGUCGUCAACGGCAUCAAGGUCCCCGUCUACGUCAUCAGCGACAGCGAGGAGGAAGACGCCGGCAUGGACGACGGGUCCAGUGAUGUCGAGGUUGUCGCCGGUCCUUCUGCCUCCACCUCUGGCCCAUCUGCCUCCACCUCCAAUGCUGCCACGGGUGUGGUCGAGAAAGUCGUCAACCAAUGCAUCGAGAGACUCGUCGAACAUCGUGUCGAGGAAGCCCAUAAAUCGAGUGGGAAGCGCGUUUGCAGCACCGCAGGCCCCUGUGCUCGAUGCGGAAUCGUUCACCUCCUCGCCGAUGACGACGAUUUCGUGGUGGUCGAGUCUGACGAAGAGCCGGAUGUUGCGCUGGUCGCUGACUCUGACAGGGAGGACGAGUUCGAGAAAAUGUUCGCUCUUUAG